AUGGAUGUCGACCACCAUCGUGUGGACGUGUACUUGGAGGAUGCGCUGAACAAAGCACCGCCGAGCCUUCGUCCGAUGUUCCAACGAUUCCGAACGCUUUACGACCAAAAACGAUGGCAUCAACUUACUGUAACAGUGAACGAGUUCUUGUCGCACCCAGAUUCAGGACCGUUCCAGGUGGACCUAUUCAAAAACUUCGUGCAAAACUUUGAAGGGAAGAUCAACCAGUUGCGGCUGGCUGAGAUGGGCGUGAAAGUAUGUCGUCAGAUAGACGAUCCGCAAAAAACUCUCGGACUUCUUACAUCACUCCUUACCCGCAUUUACGUGGAGACCUCCCCGGAAGCCCACAUCCUCCUCCUCUCCACUCUUGCCCAUGUCAAGUUGCUGUUCGGUGAUCUCGAGGGGACAAAAGCAGACGUAGACAAGUGUGAACAAGUGUUGGACUCUCUGGACAGUGUGGAGGGUGGUGUGAACGCCGCGUUCUACCGAGUAGCGGCCGAUUACUACAAGGCGAAGGCUGAGUAUGGACCGUACUACAAGAACUCCCUCCUUUACCUCGCUUGCAUCAACCCCGAGACGGACCUUUCCGCUGAAGACCGCUUAAGUCGCGCCCACGAUCUUGCCGUAGCUGCUUUAUUAGGUCACACCAUCUACAACUUUGGCGAGCUUCUCAUGCACCCUAUCCUCGAUUCUCUGAACGGAUCUCCACAUGAGUGGAUCCGCGAUCUCUUGUUCGUAUUCAACAGCGGUAAUAUCGGCAAAUUUGAAGUGCUCGCCACCCAAUUCAACCGCGAACCCAUCUUGGCGAUAAACAUCCAGUUCUUAAGACAAAAGAUCUGUCUGAUGGCCCUGAUCGAGACAGUGUUCCAGCGCAAGGGGCGGUCAGGAAAGGAAAGACCGAUCAGCUUCCAGGUGAUUGCAGAAGAGACAAGGCUGCCUCAGGAUGAGGUCGAGCAUCUGGUAAUGAAGGCACUGAGCUUGAAGUUAAUUCGUGGCACACUUGAUCAAGUAUCUGAGCAGGCACACAUCUCAUGGGUUCAACCACGCGUCCUGGGAAGAGAGCAGAUCGAGCAGCUUGCAGUUCGACUGAAUGAUUGGACGGAGCGUCUUGGGAAAGUCGAAAACUUUGUUGCGAGCCAGGAUUUGUUUGCUGGUGUCACAGCAUAGUAUUAUAUCGGUGAAUACAAUCGGCAUAGCAACAUUGUAUGUGCAUUCAAGGAGUGUCGUGUGCCUUUUACCGACGGCACAGGGACCGAUAAUAUUUU